AUGCAGGCGAUGGUGUCGACGCCUUUCGCUUUUAGCUCGGCUGAUUUCUGGACGAAUCCCGGGACGUGUUUCUGGGAGCAGGUGGGUGUGAAGGCUCCCGGGACGGCGAAGAGCACGGCCUUUUUGCCUUUUGUUAGGUCGGAAACGGUUAUGGUUUGGACCUCGCCGGCGGGGUCGAGGAAAGAGAAGGUUGACUCGGGGAGCUUGUCGCCGACGGAGAGUGUGGCGGAGAUUUUUGGGGAUGAGGAGAAUCUGAGGGGUUUUGGGUGGAGACGGUUGAGUUUGAAAGGGAGGGUGAAGGCGGAAGAUAGGGUUUUGGUUUUGGGAGAUAAGAGUGAUGCGGUGGUGGAAGAUGAGAGGAGCCUGGAGAAAGUGAGAGAGGUUGCCAUUGUUGAUUUGAGAUUUUGA